AAAUAAUCUUCGCUACCUUAUAUAGCACUAAAGAUCGAUUAUAUUAUAUACGGAGUAUAUAUAUAAUUAUAUAUUCCUACUACAGCUGAAAAUGGAUGGUGAUUAUGAAGCGUACAGAAGGCGACGUGCAAAGAUCUGCUGCUCUAUUUUAAAAAUAUUCCUAGUGGUGGGUAUUGUAUCCUUGGGUAUUGGAGUACUACUGAAUCACUUAGAUAAUGUUCAACACCCCAAUCCUAAAGCUCCGGCCUACUCCGUACUGGACGUGCCCUUAACAACCAACGACACCGGCUUCACCGGCGGCAACAUCAACAUCAUCCUCAACGCCCGCAACCAAAACAAGAAAAAAACCAACGACUACGGCACCUCGGAAGCAUUGCUCUACUUCGGGGAUGCCGCAGUCGCACUGUGGCUGGUUGCGAACGCCACAUCGCCAGCGUUUUUCCAGCCUCCCCUAGCAUCCACUAACCUCACCCUCACCUUUCCUGCACCCGCGGUGGAGGCCCUUGGGGACCGCUCCACCGCGGUCAUAAAGAUGAAGGCUCAAAUUCGGUCCAGCAGCAAAAAGGAGUAUGGGUGGCAUCAGGUCUCGUGCACUUUGCCCUACUCUUCCCGGCUGCACGGUUUCGAUGUUUCCGGCAAGUGUGACGUAUUCUACCAACCACCUCAAAUUUGCGGGAUACAGCCCAAGAACAGAGCGAAAUAUUGUAUCGAUGAUGAUUCUUAAUUGUUUAGAGGAGUACGUGUAUAAUAAUCAACUCAGGAACUAUCAAUUUAUACACUGUAUUUAUUUGAUAUUAAUUCUUGUUGUUGCUGUAUUUUGCCAUUUACGAACAAUGUUUCCCCGAUUUUCCUAGUUGUAUUUGGCAUUAUAGUUUUGUCAUAAUUUUA